AUGAAGACCGUUCUCUUCCUCGCUGCCACUUUGGCUUUGGCCUCCGCCGCCGUCCUCGACCGCAACACCGAACAGCACCUGGAGGAGCUGAAAAAGGAGCUGUUGGCUGCUUUAGACAAGACCAAUUUCGUCAAAGAAGCCCUCGAACGCCAAAGCGUGGCCAAGCAAAACCCAUUGUUGGAGAACCCUGAAUUGCAAUGGAAAAUCGGAAAAUUCCUGUGCAAACCAUGCCAAGCCCUUUUUGAAGUCAUCAAAGCCGAGCUGGAGAACGCCAGAGAAAUCGAACGCGAAAUCUUGUUGCCAACUGUUCAUGUAGGUUUAUGGUUUACUGGUAGUUUAGGUAUCUAAAAUUGAAAAACUAGUAAAUGUAAGAUAGAAAGUAAAGCCUAACACCUAUUUUUUAAUUUAUAAAAAAACAAGUAAACUAAAAGAAGUUUUUUCAGUUUUUUCAAAAAAAUCUACAGAGGGGACCAAGUUCAACUUUUUUUCAGAAAAAAAAAUUUUUUUUUGAGACAGAUGCGGCUGGGAUAGAAAGUUAAACUUUGGCACAGUAGUAGAGUGUUCAACUCUUCACGUUACUCAAAAAAGAAAAUUUGAAAAUUCAAUAAAUUUAAAAAGUUACAGUAAUUUUGUUGCAACCCACUACUUUAAGCCUUGCGUGUCAUUUUCAACUUAAAAUUUUGCCUUUUUCAAAUUGUUUGACCAAAUUUGAAAAAAUACGUUUUGUAGAGCAUAAACUGUUUGUUGUACAUUUUGCUAAAGUUUUUAAAACAUAUCUUAUUUGGCAACAAAGUUACAGCUAUUUGAGGUUACCUUACAGUAGAAGUUUAAAGAAAUUUCAAACUUUUUUGACUUUCGAAACUUUCUGAAGCUAUCUCUUCUACAAAACUUUAAAAGGUGGAAAAAUUUACCAUAAGCUUCAAUUUUUCAGAAAUACUGUCACGAGAAGCUCGGAAAAAUUGAACAACUCGAGCACUUGUGCUCCAACUUGGCUGACGACGCCUUGAACCGUUUGGCCGACUGGUUGAAGGAAGAAGGAAGCAAAAUCAAUCCAGAACGCUCAUGUAUUGUCCUCCACAUGUGCUAA